AUGAAAUGGCCACCCAUCCUCUCCAUCCUCCUCACCACCCUCCUCUUCUUACCUUUCGAUCUCGCGCACGCGCACGAUCAAAAACACGCCCAUGCGCACACGCACACGCACUCCCACCUCCCACCUCGAACCUCGAAACCAAACCUCCCUGACUGCGCGAACUUAGAGAAACUCAACCACACUUUGACGCGCAUAUCCCCGAUCUUGGAGCGCUUGUUACAUCUGGAUGGGAAUAGUUAUGCUCAUGGUCAUGGUCAUGGUCAUGGACACGGUCCUAUCCAUCCCCACGGCCGUGGUCACGCACAUGCCGGAAACGGAGUGCAAGCGAAUACGCCUCAGAGUCACACUAGGGACAAGAAUGUCGACGUGAGCGAGGUAGCUGAAAAGAUCCAGGCCGUGAAGGAGGCGAUGGAGCGGUCGAGAGAGAAGGUUUCCGUUGGGAUGUUUCGGUGUCGGGAAUUGAAUGGAAUCGGGAGUGGGAAUGCUAAUGCGAAUGCGACUAGUUUGGAAGGUAUGAGGAGGAGGUGGUUGAGGAAGCGAAGUGGGGAUGGUGCUGGGAAGAAUGAUGAGAGUGAGAGUGAUAGCGAUAGCAGCAGUAGCAGCAGUGAUAGUGAUAGUGACAGUGACAGUGACAGUGACAGCGAUGAUGAGGAUGAUGGCGAUGAGAAGGAUGAAGGGCAAUGCACUCUGGUGGAUGUGUUGGAUAACUUGGUGACUACACUGGAAUGUCUGUUAGCGUUUACGGGUGGAGUGCUAGAUGGGGUGCUGGAUUUGGUGCUAAAUAUGCUGAGUGGUAUCAUUAAUUUGGUUGAAUCUUCUUUGGAUUCAUAG